CUCUAAACUAUUGAUUUUUAUGGGUGAUAAUGAAUGGGCUUUUAUUUAGCAUCACACUAAAUGCAUGAUGAGUUUCAUAUCAGAGCAUAGCUUUGAUGAGCAGUCUAUUUUUUUUUUCUGUGAAAGGGUAAAAGUUUCAUUUUGGGAAUCGAAGUUUGAUACAUGUUUGCACAUUUAAAUGUGUUUCCAUCAGACAGUGUGAAUCUAGUGAAACUAACCCCACGCAGUACUCUGAAGAGAGGGGGAGGACAAAAAGCUCUUUCGUAUCCCUUCAUUGUUUCUCUGACUUUGGAAUAUAACUGGGAAAAGGGGGUGAAGGGCAGGGGCAAUACUCUUUUAAACAUGAGAGAUAUGAUGUAGCAAAAAGUGUCUGUACAAAUCCUAGAAGAAAUACUUUAUGAAGCAAGCACAUACUUUAAAUCUGUUCUUUAAACUACUCUUAUAAGCUGUGUGUAAUUCAAGGUCUGUGGGUUUAGUAAAACUGGUUGUGCUGUCUGAGACAAAGUUGUGAGUGAGUGGAUGUGCUCAUAAAGUGAGAUUUACUUAGAUUCUUGUCACUAUACUCUGGUAAUAUUUAAAGUAUAUGCGCAAUACUGAGUAAAAGGGUUGUUUGAUAUUAAGACAAAACUAAUAAUCUUGCAUUUCUCCCCGUGCUUCUAAAAAUGUCUUCUGUAAAUAAGAACAAAGUCGGACUAAAAUCCCCAUCUUUUACAAUGCUGUAGAGCUAUUUAUACUAUUUCAAGGUUGUUCAAAUGUAUAAUGCAGAGACCUAAAAUUCAAUAAAUGCACACAGUACUUUCUCAAAAACGUCAUCAUGGCUGCCUUUAUUUUAGUGUUUUGCUCUUUUAAAAAGGUGAUUUCCUUUGCUUUUUUGUUUUAAAUAAGUGUAAAAAUCGUUUUUAACACCGAAAACAUACUAUGAUCUAUAGUCUUCAUUUACAGGCAUCUUACCUUGAUUUGUUUGUGCUAUCAAUCUCACAGAAACCAAAACUCCCGCUUAUUUUCUGGAGGAGUUUGAGUCUUCCACAGAUGUCGAGAAAUCAAAACAGUCCCAUUUUUGUCAAACGAGCCUCUCGGGCUUGAACAGAAACCGAGCAAAGUGAAUAAGAAAUCACCAGUCAACUCUUAAGACGCUUAUGUUUUUGUGUUAUGUUUUACAUAUCUCAAACAGAGAUAUAAGCUAUCCCCUGGAGACGAUAAUAAAAUGACCACAGUGGUCUGAAGGGAUUACACCGUUGUUAUAUAUACAUCCCGCUUGUGUCUAUGUAACCACUGGGUUGCUAGUUGCUCCCCUCCGGUUUUAACCGCGUCGAGAUAAUAAGAAUGUUUCAAUGACUGCGCUGUAUUUUGAAUGAAAUGGUUCUCCCGUCACUCACUGUGACACAGAGUCCGUCUUCUGCCUGAAAACGCGCCGCGAUUGGCGCAUGUUCGCCUAGGAAUAAACGCCGCGACGCGAUUGGCCGACAGCUGUGAAAGGGGUGGGACGGACUGUCAAGAUUAGCAAACCGCUGCAGGUAAAAGGAAGGAGCGACAGAAGACAGCCAACAUUUAUCUUUGCAAGAAAGCGAAGAGUGCGGUGGAAAUGUGACUUUUGUUUUCUCCUCACCUCCGUGCGGCACAACUCUAGCGGCGACGGCUUUUAGUUUUUUUGGAGUCGGGACGAGAGCACCAACACCUUCGGCGCCUUGGAAGAAAGUGUCGCUGUGUCAACCAUCGUUUGGCUCCCGGGCACGCUUUGUAACAACGAGCAACUUGGACAGCUGCGUGUUUUCCAUACAGCUAUCGACAAAGAAUGAAAGCAGUCAAAAGAGCUCUCACAGAGGAUACUUGCCCGGAGCGUGAGGAGCACACCUCAGCGGACAGCGAUGAUGGCUCCCCGCUCGACCUGUCAGGAAGGGGGCUCUCUGGGAAGCGCCGUCGCCGUGGUAACCUGCCCAAGGAGGCGGUGCAGAUUCUCAAGAGCUGGCUGUACGAGCACCGCUUCAACGCCUACCCUUCAGAGCAGGAGAAACAAAGUCUGUCGAGCCAAACCAGCCUCACGGUGCUGCAGAUCUGUAACUGGUUCAUCAACGCACGUCGCCGCCUGCUCCCUGACCUGCUUCGCAAGGAUGGCAAAGAUCCCACCAAGUUCACCAUCUCUCGCAAGGUUGUAGGUAGAAAUGAGGGGCACUCCUCCAGUGGAGGAGGCGUCUCCUUCACAGAAAGCCACUCCUCUCCCAACCCAUUGCCGGAGCGCCCAUCUGUCAUUCAUUCUGCCCCUGUUUUUGACCUCGGUGUUCUCGGAAGCACAGCAACAGCUAUUCUGACAGGAGCAGGUUACCCUGGUAAGGAAGUGUCAGUCCAGGCACUGAUGAAGCUGGAUGCACAAAGUCUGCUGAUGAAAGUGAAAGAACAGGGGCCUUAUUUGGCAAGUCUUGCCAGCAGAAAUACAGCAGCUAGCACCACCAAUGGCCUCUUCAACACACCUCCACCAACUCCUCCAGAUCAAUGCGCUCCCCCGGACUUUAGUGCUUUGCGCCUCCUCGCAGAUGUAGCUGCGCAGAAAGCUAUAGAGCUGGAAAACGAAAUGAAGCUGAAGAGCCAGAAUAAACCCACAGAGACUGAACAAGCAGAGUCACAGAGCAGCACUUGUAACCGAGAGAUAGGCCUCACACCUCCUCCAGAAGACAACCAACAAGUCUUGGAUCCUUCCAGGGUGCAGCAUCUAAUGGAGACAGCUAUGACCGUUCCAGCAUCAGAUGUGCCUUCGGGAAAGGAUUCGGUGCCUGCGAGCACAGAAGCAUCUCUUCCAGUCCCAGCUCCAGUCUUUUUCUCAGCUCCAGGGAUAUCACCGCUUCAUAUGAAUAAAGUCAUCGUUUGCCACAUAGAGCAGGAUCAGCCUCAACUUCUUACAGCCCAUCUGCCAACCAUGAUGCCAGUACCUGCCUUAGUCUUAAAACAGCAAGAUCCUCACAAACCAGUAGCUGCUCCAGCCUCACCAGCUUUAGCCUUGAGCUCAGUUGCAACUCCGUUGUCCACUACAUGUCCUGCAAGUGUGCCGAGCUCAGUGCCAUCCCCAGUCCUUCUGCCAGUCACAAAUGUAUCUUCCGUCUCUGCAAAUCAGGAGUUAUCCAUAAAUGUAGCUGUUGUUCCACCCACCAGAGGAAUACCACUUCAGCUGCCAUGUCCCAGGUCCCCCUCAACUCCAGUUGCAGUAGCAUGCCCACUGCCAUCUUCAGCUGUCAUGUCUUCUGAAGCCCCAGUUACAAGCCCAGCAUCAGCCUCUGCCCAGGUUUCAGCUGCUGCCUCAGUUUCGCCCCAGUCCGCAUCCAUCACACCUCCUCUUGGCCUCAGUUCCCAGCACACCGCCUCCCAGCAGCCCACGUCCCCGAGCAGUACCAGCACAAGUAGCAGUAGUUCACAGAGGAAUUCAGCUUCUGUGCCCCGUGUUUGGAGCAUGGUCACCAGGCAAAGCCGCUCCCUGGGGAAAACCCCCAUUAGUGCCGUGUGGGGCCCACUGCACCCGGUGAGUGAAACUGUCAACUAGGAGCUCUUUUUAAAAAAAAAAAUAUAUAUAUAUAGUUGUGUAGACCAAACACUAAUUUUAGUAUGGACAACACUAUAUUGGAGAAUGUAUUAUUAUUAUUAUUUUUUAUUUUUUUUAUUCAUCACCAGUACGUUUUGAUAUGAGUUUUAAACCUGAGCCUGUAGAAUGUGCAGCGGGGAAUUAGUUAAUCAGAUGUGCAAACUGGGAUGAAGUAAAGUAACCAACAUAAUGGUACUUAUAAAAUAGAAAAAGAGAUGGGAAAGAGACUGUGUUUAUUAUGCUGUUUGACAACAGAAGGGGGUUUUCUUAAAUCACUUUCAUAAUGAACAUUCCUGUAGCGUAAAUGCAAAAAAAAUAAUUUUAUGUUUGUUUGUUUUUUAACCUCUUACCAUUUUUACCAGGAUGUAUUGAUCGCCCACUUUUUGGUGUAAUUGGCACCACCAGCAAAGUUGGCCUCUUUAGUAGCAGUACUGGAUUUUAUUGAAUGUACAAAAGACACUGACUGCGAAACAUCCACUCCCCUCUAGGAUAAAAAUGAGGGCAUUGUUUUGUUUUAAUAUUCACAUCACCAUCUUCUUAGUUUAGUGCAAUGUGUUUAUUUUUUAUUAUUAUUAUUAUUCAUUUUUUUGGGAUGAGAGAAACUGAUUUUUUACAGCAGCAAGCUCGGACCCUUUCAUAAUGUAUUCCUGUUGUUUUAGUUAAAAGGGGAGUGACCUGUUGUGUCAACUUUCUGCGAAGUAUAUGCUUUGCCUUUUUUCUUUUUGCCCCUUUUUUUUUUUUUUUUU